AUUUCUCUUUUCAGAUCUGACAUGACAAGCAAUGAUAAUCAAGCUACAAAAAUUGUAAAAGGAAUCAAAAACAGCAAUCCGAUCCAAAGAAAUAGCAUAGAAAGUUUAUUAAAUCGCAGCAUCAAAUUUAGAAAAUCUCGUCAUGUUGAUCAAAAACUAGAACUAUUCAAGCAAAAAUUUGUGCCUGUCAAUGAAACAACAGGUGUAGUAUUUGCUUCUACAGGAUCUUCAUAUAGCACAGCAGAAGAAGAUAGCAUAGCCAGUAAAAUAGACGAACAUGGCUUUGAAAGUCCUUCAAAAAUGCUUUACUCUCCAGACAAGCUUAACUUUAGUUGGUUAAGCAUUCUUCCUAUUGGUCCUGGACUGAAAGAUCUCGGGCAGCUGUCCUCGCUUAAUGCAGUGUUGCAAGUAAUAACAUACACACCUGUACUAGCAAACUAUUUUCUUCAAAGGAGACACAGCGCAAACUGUACUAUGCAGGAAUAUUGUUUUGCUUGUGCAGUAGAAGAGCACGUAAGAACAGCCUUGAAUGGAACAACCUAUGCACUUCAGCCUCGUGUGUUUGUAGGCAAAUUGAAACAGAUAAAGAAUGGCUCAACAAAGGAUGCCUAUGAUGUCUGGAAAUACUUUAUGAAUCAAAUUCAAUCAUCACUUUUGGCAGAAAAAGGAUCUAAAGAUGAGCUUAUACAGCAAACAACCGCUCUAUGUCAAACAUUUGGUGGGUACAUACAGAACGCCUUUGAAUGUCUAUCAUGCAACAAAAUGGAAAACAAGUAUGACUUCUUUAUGGAUCUAAGCCUAGAUCUUUUACAAUGUAGCUCUCUGGAGCGAUGUAUGACAAAAUACUUUAAAGAGCAAGCUAUAGCCACUAUGGAAUGUCCAAAUUGCCAAAGAGAAGUUGAAUUAAAAGGAAAAAAGAGUGUUUAUAGAUCUCCAAGAACAUUAGCCAUUCAACUCAGACGAUUCAACACAAAUAGUGGUGUAAAGAUCAACAAGGACAUCAAGUUUGAAUCAUCAUUGGACUUGAGUCGUGUUAUUACUAAUUCAGAAAAGGACCAUAUAAAGUCAAAAUACGACUUGUAUGCUAUCAUCGCACACACUGGUGAAAGUUUAUUCAAUGGACACUAUGUAGCCUAUGUUAAAGGUCCCAACAGCAUUUGGUAUUGUAUGGACAAUGAAGUUGUUCAACAAGUAAGCGUUAAUAGACUGCUAUCGGAAAAGGCAUAUAUGCUCUUUUAUACCAUACCGCCUGAGCCUGUAAAGCGAGAAAAGCGACUUCCAGUGACAAAUACAAUUAAAGAUAUACCUGUUGAGGGUUUGAAGGAAGAAGAACCAAAGGAGCCCACUGUACAAGAAGAAGAAGAAUUGGUGACUUUUAAAGAAGAGGAUAAUGAAGAAGAAGAAAAGCAGGUAGAAUAUGAAAGAUUGAAGGCAGCUCUUGAAGAAGCAUCAAAGAAAGAAAAGGUUGAGAAUCAAUCAGCGAUUGUUGUUAGUCAUAACGAACGUAUGAAAUCAAAGAGAGACAAACUUGAGGCAUUGAUUGAGAAGGAAAGUGUGGUGAGUAAAAGCUUGGAAGUCAAGAGUGUGUUGUUAUCCAAGCACACAGACAGCCAAUUUCAAGAUGAUAUCAAUACUUGGGAUGAGGAUAUUGGAACAUCGGUUGAAGAUCAAAGGAAGUCAGUUUUAAAGCAGAUCAAAUCUAAAAGGAAAAAGGUGGAUGCCUAUGAUCUUGAAUAUGAUCGAGGUAAAGUGAAAAAGGUGAAAAAGAAGCAAGAUGACAAGUUUCAUAAGCCAAACAUGUUUCAAAUUACUGCUGAUAAAAAAUUAAAUAAAAAGAAAGGGAAAUAGCUCCGUGCUUGAUGCUACAUCACGCAUAUUGAAUCUUUAGG